AUGCAUCACGACUGCUCACCUCCUAUAAUUCAUAGAGACAUUUCCAUUGCCAACAUCCUUCUUGAUUCAGAUUAUGAGGCACAUAUUUCUGAUUUUGGCACAUCCAAGCUUUUAAAGCUAGACUCAUCCAACUGGACCGCAAUUGCAGGCACCUAUGGUUAUAUCGCCCCAGAGCUUGCUUAUACGAUGGUGGCAACCGAGAAAUGUGAUGUGUAUAGCUUUGGGAUUGUUGCACUAGAAGUGAUGAUGGGAAAGCAUCCUGGUGAACUACCAACAUUGUCUGCUGAUUAUCUGGUGUUAGGAAAUGUGAGAGACAGUCGGAUUCCACUUCCCUCACCACAAGUUGAGAAACAAGUUAAUUCGGUGCUGAGUCUUUCAAGAGCAUGUUUGAACUCCAAUCCGAAUGGAAGACCAACAAUGCGCCAAGUUUCAAAUCUGUUGAUGAAGGAUCUGCUUUGA